AUGAAUGUCAGAUUUCGAUCCAAUAGACGUUUAUUACCAGCGUGGAAAAAAGCUGUUCUUCGAUUUGGAACUCAUGGCGAUUAUGAUAAAUGCUUCGAUGAAGUGACAGCGAAUGGGAACUGGUUAGCUAAUGAGAAAAUUGAAUUAUUAAUUGGAUGUAUUGCUGAAUUGAGUCCAGAGGAAGAACAAGCAUUUCUAAAGCCAGGUGUGAAUGAUUUUAGCGUCAUGUAUUCCUGUAGAAAAAAAUGUUCUCAACUUUGGCCCGGCCCAGCCGCUUAUAUCAAUCAUGAUUGUAAACCUAACUGUAAAUUUGUUGCAACCGGCAUUAGUUCUGCUUACAUUUAUGUUCUACGAAAUAUUGGAGCUGGUGAAGAAAUUACAUGUUUUUAUGGCGGGGAUUUUUUUGGCGAUAACAAUUCUCAUUGUGAAUGUGUUACAUGUGAGAGACGAUGUAACGGCGCAUUCUCAACAGCUAGUCGGACAGUAACCACAAAUCUAUCUACAUCAAUUGCUCAAAAUGGUCCAUUACCUCUAUCAGCAUCAUCAACAAAUCAAAAUUAUCUGUUGCGUGAGACAAAGCACCGUUUACGUAAAAUUUGUUCAUCUGAUCCCGCCGCGGCCUCUUCAUCCAAAGAGUCAAGUGAUCAGGAUCAACAACAAUCAACAGCAUCCGAUUCAGCGUUUUCGGACGGCACGAUCAAUUCUAUGUCAUCAUCUACUAGGCAAAUAGAGCAAGUAGAGCUUGAAGAACAGUCACAUCAAAAACUUGUACUUCCGUCACCAUCAAAUGAACCACAGGGACAAGAUUCUUUAUCACAACGGCGAACAAGAACCCGAUCACAAUACUCUUCAUCCUCGUCAAUAUCAUCAAUCACAAAUAUUCAAUUAGAAAAUGAUUAUAUUUCAAAAAAUCCAACGUUUGGUCAGUGGCGUGUUAACCGUUUUUCUCGUAGACAAUCGAGUACAACGACAACAACAACUACCACAUCGACAGAUAAUGAUGACUGUUUGCCAACUUUAAAGACGACAACAACGAGUUUAUUUGUAUCCAACGAGGAUAUUGGUGCAGAAGAUAAAGAUGAACUGUUAAAUGAUGCAAAUCAGUGUUGCUUAUCAAGUCGUUUGGUAAAACGACAAAAUAAACUGACUUAUGAACAACUACUACAACAACAACAGCAACCAAAAAAAAUACCGAAAUUGACAAUUAGGAUGAGAUCAGAUCCAAUAUUGUUGAAUGAAUUAGAAAAAAUUAAAGCAACAAGAUCGUCGGUAACCUCGUUAGUAAUAAUUAAAGUCGAUAGUUCGGAUACGAUAAACAAUAAUAAUAGAAAAAAACGGUCUGCUGCGUCGAAUAGAACAAUAAAUAAACGCCAAAAGUUGUCGGCUACACAUAUUCAAUUAGCAUUGAAACCAGUUGAUGAAUGUCUGAAUCGAAAGAAAAUUUAA